ACCCGCCCAAACCGCAUCAUCAUCGGGCAAGCCUGCCUCUCUGGCUCGAUCAUUUCCAAACAACCCUCCCUCUUCCGCAAAAAAAAAACUAGAGGCUCGGAUAAAAACCGAGAGAAGCAGAGCAGCGAUCACACUUCAUCGUCAACCCGCCCUGGACCCCCGAACCCAACGGUCACUAGAGGGAUAUUGAGGACUAGGAACAUACCAUACACAAGGACAAGCAGAAAAGGUCCAGACACAACCAUGGCCAGAAUAUUGGGACUGCUGCUCUUCCUGUCAGCUCUCUGCUGCUCCCUAGCGGACAAAAUUGAGCUCCGUCGCGCGAAGAGAGGGACACGCUACUAUAGAGCGCGUUGUGUGGAUGGCCAGUCAGCAGCGGUGCGUGGUUAUGGGGACACAUGGAUGAGAUGGAGGGGCCAGCGUGUGGAGUACUGCCGCUGUGCAUCACAAGGACGAGAGCGCUGUCACUACGUGCCCGUCAUCACCUGCUAUCAGUCAAGGUGCUACAACGGGGGAACCUGUAAGGAGGCGGUCUACUCCUCUGACUUCCUGUGCCAGUGUCCACCAGGCUUCACAGGAGCCCAGUGUGAGAUAAACACCAAUGAGAAGUGUGUGGUGGGCCAGGGUAAAGGGUACCGUGGUACGUGGAGUAUCAGUCGGAUCGGCUCAGAGUGUAUCAACUGGAACUCUACCACCCUCAGAGGGAAGAAGUUCACAGCCAAGAAACCAGAGGCUAACAGCCUGGGGCUGGGAAACCACAACUUCUGCAGGAAUCCAGACAAUGAUACUAAGCCAUGGUGUUAUGUCUACAAGGGAAACCAAAUAGUCUGGGAGUUCUGUACUCUCUCCAGCUGCCCAGCAGACCAGAGGCCAGUGGAGUGUGUGCAGGCCUCGGGGCAGACGUACAGGGGGACGAAGGCCGUCACUAAGAGGGGCUCCAGAUGUCUUCCCUGGGACUCACCCCUCAUCACCCGCAAGUUCUACAAUGCAUGGAGGUCAGACGCCAGACAGCUGGGGCUGGGGAGUCACAACUUCUGCAGGAACCCAGACGGUGAUCUCGGCCCCUGGUGUCACGUCUACAAGAACAUGAAGCUGACCUGGGAACUCUGCGAUAUCACAAAAUGCACGAGGAGACCAACCACCAUUACUACUCUAGGCCCCAGGGCUCCCACCAGCAACAACAACAACAGAGGUACCUGUGGCCAGCGUGCUGACAACAAUCUCCCCUCCUUCCGUAUCCUGGGAGGAGCCCGGAAGAGUGACAUCACAGAGCAGCCAUGGCAGGCAGCCAUAAACGUGUACCAGCCCAGAAACAAAGCACACAUCUUCCAGUGUGGAGGGGUCCUUAUAGACUCCUGCUGGGUCCUCUCUGCUGCACACUGCUUCGACGACGGGCUAAAACCAGAGCGGCUGCAGGUGGUUCUAGGCAGGACGUUUCGUAAGAACUCCUCCGGCAGUGAGCAGAUCUUUGAGGUGGAGAAGUACUGGAGCCACGAGAAGUACAACCUGACAACCUUUGACAACGACAUUGUCUUGAUGAAGUUGAAGAGUGAUAUUGGCCUGUGUGCUGUGAACGCGCCUGAGGUCCUACCCGCCUGUCUGCCUGACCCAGGCCUGGUACUGCCCGACUGGACCGAGUGUGAGAUCUCUGGCUACGGCAAGGAGAAAGAGUUUGAUGCGAUAUACUCUGAGCGGGUGAAGAGGGGUCACGUGAGGUUAUGGCCUCAGGACCGCUGUGUCCCUCAUGUCUUAUCUGAACGUGUGGUCACCUCCAACAUGCUGUGUGCCGGGGACACCCGGGGUCUGGACGACGCCUGCAAGGGGGACUCUGGUGGUCCUCUUGUCUGUCCCAAGGAUGGGAGGAUGACUCUGAUGGGGCUGAUCAGCUGGGGAGAUGGCUGUGGGAAGAAAGACAAGCCUGGGGUGUACACACGUGUUACACAAUACACUGACUGGAUCAGCAGCAAGAAACAGGAAACUAGCCAGUAAACAAACACACAAACACAUGCACAUACACACACCUGGAGAGAACUUGUGAGAGAAUUCAUCUGACUCCAUCAUCAGAGAAUUCAUCAGACUCCUGUCCAUCAAUCACAAUGAAUGCCUUAACCAAGGAACAGACAACCACUUAACGCACGACAGGAACUGCCAGUACUCCAGUACAUUCUGUGUAAGCAUUGUUUAACUCUUGUGCUUAGAGGUAGGAUGCAGUAAGGUCAGAAAAAACUAAGAAAACUAUGUCUCCAAAGUGAAUAGACUGUUAAUCAGUCCAGCUCAGUGCCUUCCAGCUGAUUCCUGUUCUACCCAGAGCUAUAUAUCUCCAUAUGCAGCUCACAGAAUGUUGGACAUUUACUUUGCACACAAGGUUCCAUAGGAAUGUAAAUAGCCACUCCAAUUAACAUUCAGUUCAUUUUAGAGGGAAUUUUACAUUGGUGGCUUGCUGUCUGAAUGUUGCCAUGAUACAUCAGUGCAUAUGUUACCCAAUCCCACUAUAACAUUAACCACAAGACAAUCUGCUGGAUCAGAGUCAAUGUAAGACAGCGGCUGCAUUCCAAACUGAUCCUUGAACUGCAUGAAGAAAGGGGUUGAGUUGUCAAAUUGGAAUAAAGCCAGAGCCUGAACACAGCCACCAUUAUCUGUCUCCAUUCCAUAAGCGUUGGGUUGAGCCCAGCGAUCAGCAUGUACAGUAUUUUAAUGUUGGUUUUAUGUUGAAAAGGACUGGGAGGUGUUUGCAAUGACUGGGUGUAUGUACUGUAUCUAACAUAAGCUCUUUGCUUGCAAAGCACUUGGACUCCACUUCCCUCCCAUAGUAUAGUAUUUGGUUAUGUUUGAGUGGGUGUUCAUAUUAUGUAGUAUCUCAUAAACAUACACUCUCUCAAGGACAGUAAUGUUUUAUUUGAUUUUACUUGUGUGUAUUAAGUUAAUAUUUAUGUCUAUUAAUAUUACACUUUCUUUUCUACUGUAAUAGUUUAUGUUUUUUAGUAGUUCAAUGUGUUGUGUUUUGGAAUUUCUGUUUAUGUUGAUCAUUUAUUUCUGGGGCUAUCAUAAGAAUGACAUACACCCGUCUCUUUAAAUAAAAAAACAUUUAAGUGAA